AUGAAGCCAUUUAUGCUGGGAGUCGUUUUCCUGCUGGCUGCCAUAGAAAGUGCCACGGCCAUCGACUGCUACGUAUGCAAUACGACCGAUUCGACGACUCCGUUCCAGUGCAGCGAAUGGUUCGAAAGGUUCGAUCGACCCGACCUAAAGCCAGUCGAUUGUUCCAACGUGUACGGGGCAAAGUACUGCAUCAAGCAUAUUGGCCGCUUCGAAGACGGUAUCGGUGCUAAGCGUUACUGCUCGUCGCGUGAUUUAGGUAACUACUGCAACUACGUGCGGAAUCCGGGGGAUCAGAUCGAGUACCGAUCGUGCAUUUUCACCUGCGACACGGACGGAUGUAAUGCUGCCCCGCGUGUCCAAUCUAUAUCUGGCAGUCUGCUAGCUGCGGUGACUCUGGUGGUGCCCUUGAUGCAACUAGUCUCCACACUUCUCAGGCAGUAG